AUGCUAGAGCAGCCGAACGAGGGCUCAUGCGAUGGUUUGGAAAGGAUGGCUGAGCACACAAUGAUGAUCUUUAUCAUUGUGGCUUUGUCGGCGCUGACUGUUACAUUAACACAGCCUAUCCGCCGUCCUCCCUGGCAUGGAGCAGUCAGCAUUGUCAAUUAUCUAAGCACCAACCUUUACGUCCGAUCCGUCUCCGUAGAGGAUGGGCCGCUGCACAUCCUGCCGGCUAACGGGGGACGCUACAAUGAAACGUGGCGGCCGAAUGUCAAUUCUACCGGCGUUUCUAUCAAGAUCGCAACAUCUACGGACAUGACGGACGUCCUUCAAUUUGAGUACAGUGCCAUCGAUCCAACGAUCUAUUGGGACGUGUCCUGCAUCAAUCUAUCCAACGGCUCAAGACUCAUCGCGGAAGGAUUUACGGCAAUAGCCUCUGAUAAGAAUUGCCAGCCGGUGGUGUGUGAUCGUGGCGACGGCGACUGCCCUGACGUGUACCACGAACCUGACGACAACUAUGCGAUCCGAGGCUGUCCAAUCAAUACAACGAUAGUGAUGCAAAUCGGCUCGCCAUGA